AAGCCGAUAACAAGUAUAUACACUGCCGAGUCUCGCAGGGCAGAUCGCGAAUCCCACACAAAUUCCGAGCAGAUGUUCAGUGCAAUACUGAUAAGAAAAUAAGAAGAUCAAGUUUGUUUUCACCGUUUACGACUGACUAUGACCGAUCAAAGUGAUAAGAGUGAGGUUGAUGGCAGCGAAGCUAGUAAAUAUAUGACAUUACAUGUAACACAACCCGCAAGAUCCGCAACAGGUCGAAAUCCAGCACAUCCAGCAACGUAACGUAGUCAGCUACGAUGGUAAAGCUCGGAUCUACACCUACAAUGAAGCACUGGAGCUGGUGGGAACGGGCAGGUUUCACACGUUGCUCCUGUUCGUGUGUGGCUUCUGUUUGAUGAGUGUGAUCGACGAGACGAUCAAUAUGGGAUUCAUAAUCUCCGCCGCAGAAUGUGAUCUAGGGUUGAGCUUUUCCGACAAAGGAAUGCUAAAUGGGGCAGCGUUCUGUGGCGUUGUAACGAGUUCCCACUUGUGGGGCUUCCUAUCGGAUACGUGGGGUCGCAGAAAAGUAAUCCUACUAACCACCAGCUGUAGCUUGCUGCUGUCGAUCGUGUCCAGUUUUUCCGUCCACGUGUGGAUGUUGAUCGUUAUGCGAUUUUGUGUUGGAUUUUUCAUUUCAGGAAACGCAGCGACGUCCUACGCGUACCUGGCGGAAUUCCACACGGACAAAUCCCGUGCCAAAGUCAUCUCAUGGGCAGCGAUGUUCAUGGCCUUCGGCAUGAUCUAUCUUCCAAUAAUGGCCUGGUUCAUCAUUCCGUUGGAUGCCGAUCAGCAUCUAAACCUGUACGUUGGGCCCCUGCAGAUGCGGUACAGCCUGUGGCGCGCCUAUCUGAUCUUGAGCUCUUUCGCCAGUGUGCUCAUUAUCUGCGGAAUGGUGUAUCUCCCCGAAAGUGGGAAAUUUCUUCUUAGUACCACCGGCGAAAACGAGAAAGUGUUACAGAUUUUGACAAAGAUGUACUGUUGGAAUCACGGGAAGCCCGAAUAUACAUUCCCGGUGAAAUCCGUCGCCCUGGAUGCGAUCGACAGUGCCUUCGCCGAUGAAAUGCGGCGCAAAUCGAGCCUCGGGCUGCGGUAUGUGUGGGAACAAACCGUGCCAUUGUUCCGGCAGCCCCUGCUUGGCAACACAAUCCGGGCGGCUUUUCUCAUGUUUGGCCUGUUUGCGGCAUCCUCGGGUCUAUUCAUGUGGAUGCCGGACAUUCUGAACACGUACAUCAACUACAAGGAAAGCCAAAUAACCAUCUGCCAGGUGGUGGAGAUAAUUCACCGAAAUCGGACCACGGGAUCGGGUGCCGGCAGCGUCGGCAACUGCUCUGUGGAUAUCGAUCCUUCAAUUUUCGUGAUUACCACGGUUAUGGGAGUCCUGUUUUUGCUGUGCUAUAUUCUGAAUGGAGCGAUCAUAAACAUGGUGGGGAAGAAACUGUUAUUUAACGUUUGGAACGUGGCGUGCGGCCUAUGCGGAAUCGGUGCACUGUGGACUUCCGAUUUCUACCUGACGCUGCUGGUGAUUGUGGUUUUUCUCGCCGUUGGCUGCUGCGGAUCGGUGCUCAGCGCCAUAUCGGUUGAUCUAUUUCCAACUAAUUAUCGAGCAAUGGCACUCUGCCUGAUACUGAUGACCGGCCGGCUCGGGGCCAUGGUCGGCAGUAAUCUGGUUGGCUUCCUGCUCACCUACAACUGUGAUCUAAUCUUCAUUGUGCUCGGUGGACUGCUGAUCGUUUGUGCUCUAAUCGGGACGACCUUACCAGGAAAGUGACGGAGAGCUAUGUUUGAGGAACGCUCUAGAGACUAUCGAAAUAUCAUCUCUUCUGGUUAUAAUCAUACCUACGGCUGUGGAGUAGUUCGAUUCACUCCGAAUGAUCUCGUUGACCCAUCAGGUAGUUGGAAAAUGGACUGAAAUUACUAGCAAAACCAGCAUAUGAUAAACUGAAGAAUACAA